AGCCCGGGGCACGGCUGGGGUCGCCACCAGCUAGCUAGCCGUUCGGAAGCUAGAAGCUCUAUGCAAUGAUGCCGCUAGUGUUAGCGCGCCAUCUCUAACGAGUAACGAGUGCUGGCAUUUCAUCACUCGACGUGACCGACUACUCCUCCACUCAGGCAAGCGAAAGGAUUGUAAUUUAACAACCCAGUUUUCAGUAAUGGCCGACUCAGAAACCAUCCCGGAAGAAUCUUCUGGACGGACGGAUGGCAAGGAGAAGGACACGAAGAACAACUCGGGAUCCAAUGUCAGUGAGGCACACAGUGAAGAGACGUCCCAACAUCAUCAACAGGAACACCACGAAGGGGUCCGGAAGGUGAUGGGGUUAGAACUCGCACCCCUGCGGAUCCCGCUCCACCGGCGUCUGGAGACCCUUGCUGUCUUCCAAUGGUGGUUAUGCUUCAUGUUCCAAGGGCUGCUGUCCAUACUCGUAUCCUUCUAUCUUCUUUUCUUCACGAGCUACUACUGGAUCCCCCUUUUGCUUAUAGCAUGGAUCUACUAUGACCGUCACACGCCUCUCCGUGGUGGGCGCCCUUCCAACUGGAUGCGGCGCUGGAGGGUCUGGGUCCACAUGCGGAACUACUUCCCCAUCAACCUGAUCAAGACCGCGGACCUGGACCCGAAGAACAACUAUCUGAUGGGCUUCCACCCCCACGGGGUCAUGAGCAUGGGUUCCUUCGUCAACUUCGGCACGGAGGCGUGUGGCUUCUCAGAGAAGUUUCCCGGGAUGAGGUCGACCCUGCUGACGCUGGGAGGAUGGUUCUAUUUCCCGCUAGCCAGGGACUACAUCUUGAGUUCUGGUAUGUGUGACUGCAGUCGUGAGAGUAUAGACUAUCUCCUGGGUGAGAAUGGGAAAGGCAAUGCAGUGGUGCUGGUUGUGGGCGGGGCUAUUGAAUCUUUGGAGGCCCACCCCCAUGCUAACAAGCUCUAUCUUAACAGGAGGAGAGGCUUCAUCAUAAAGGCGAUGGAACAUGGUGCCCAUUUAGUGCCAGUCUACUCGUUUGGCGAGACAGACAUCUACGAGCAGAUUGCUAACCCUGAGGGCUCAUUCCUCAGGAGGUUUCAGGGGAUGCUUACCAAGUUGUUUGGAUUCGCCCCUCCCCUCUACCAUGGGCGAGGAAUCUUCAACUACAGCGUAGGAUUCAUGCCGUAUAGAAAGAAUAUUAAUACAAUUGUUGGUGAGCCCAUCCCAGUGGAGAAGAACCCCAACCCGACAUCGGAUGAGAUCCAAGCGCUUCACAACAAAUACAAGGACGCCCUUAUCAGUCUCUUUGAGGACAACAAGGCCAAAUAUGGCGUGGAGGCAGAUAGAAGACUCUCCAUUAUCUAACAUCCAUGAUCAGUGCCUGCAUGCAGGGGG